UACUAUUAGAAAGGGAUGUCCAACAGCAUGUGUCCACAGAGCAAGCCUAUGAGCUACAAGUGUCGAGUCUAACCAGAUCUCUCGCUAACAUGGAGGAGAGUAUACGACAGCUACAGGACGAGAAGACGUCUCUAGUGCAGGAUCUUACUGCUGUUAGAGAUCUCUGUAUUAAGCUAGAGAAUACUAAGGAAGUUAUGUCUCGUCAACUCACAACCAGAAAUAUAGACACUGAGCAGCUUGAGUCAUCAGUGGAUGACCAGCGACGUGAGAUAGAGAUGCUACGGAACCAGGUUGGUACAGAGAGAGCAUCGGUACGCAACUUGGAAACUCUCCUGUCCAACAACCGGGAAAAGGAAUUCCAAGCCCAGUUGGACAGUCAAGAACACAGAUCAGAGAUUCAACUGGUUAAAGACAGAUUGGCUUUAGCCGACAGCAAAGUGCAAAGCCAGAGUCGUGAGCUUCAGACCUUAAGAUCCAGAGCUGCUCAGCUGGAGGCAGACUUGGAGAAAGUCAGGAGACAGCUCACCAGUGAGCGCUUUGAGAAAGAGAGAAUAUCACAAGAGUUUCGGAGGUCAACUCUUUCUCCAACCAUCGCAGACAAUUCCAGUUUCACAAGAACCUCAUUGAUGUCGAAUCAUAACAGCUCCACCCGGAGAUCCUCAAGCCCCCAUAGACCAUCCUCUCCAACACGGAGGGCACUCUCACCAAGCAGGUCAGGUCGAAGGUCACCGGAGAGGUCAAUAUUGAAAUCCUCACCUGGGUACAGGUCAUCAUCACCAGACCGAAGACGCUGUCCAUUCAUCUGUUGUAGGACCAGGGUAAAGACUGGGAGGAGAUAUAGAAGACAGCAGCUUAAAACAUUGUGUGUUCUACAGGAUCAACUAAGACGGAAACUGAGUGAGUGCCACUGCAGGCUCCUAGCAGGUCUACAACCCAGCCCACUUGGGUCAUCAUCUUAUACUCCUUGUAACAUCACCUGUCGUUGGUGCAUCCAGGAGGAUAUUGAAAGAGGUUUACCUUCACAACUAUCUUAGAUGUUUGAGGCAUUGCAUGGUGAGGUAUCAAUGUAUAUUUGGUUUGCGGUAACAUCAUGUGUGUA